AUGACUCACCGCGGAAAUUGGCGAUCUCGGGGCAAUAUGAGCAACGGAGGAGGACCCACCAGCUUCAGAAAGCGCAAUCAGACGGAAACAUUCUGUGUGCACUUUCAACGUGGCAGGUGCCACUACGGUGAGAGGUGCAGAUUCUCGCACGAUGCGAAUAAGGCUGCCGACUUCAAGUCAAACCCGGCUGCAUACCAUCCCACAACCCAUGAUCUGGACGCUCGGAAUCAAUACUUCGACUGGAAGAGACUUCUUAGAAAUGGGAUUUUAGGGUCUGGAUAUUCUCGAAGGGAACAUGAAGAGAUCGUUCAAUUCUGGAACGGGGCUCUUGAAAUUCUUGAAAGCGACAGCAGAGAGAAUCAUCAAUUCCUCGCCAAAGAUCUUGUGGACGAUAAUCUUCAUGGAUAUGAUUUUAUCAUUGCAACUGCGGAUGCAGACAAUCCAGAGGGAGUGCGACCUAUUCCAACUUACGACGAGCCAUUUCUUAAAGUCAUUACCCAUACUUCUCUCUUGAACUGUCUUUCUGUCGAUUCAUUUGUUGGCACUCUGUACACAUCCUUUGGUGGAACGAAUGGAGAUCGAGCAAUCAGAUAUCUGAAAAGUGUCUGCCGGAGCCUGAUGAGUAAAGGCGAAGAGACCAACGAAAAUGUACCAGUCAUCUCUCUGGACAUGAUGAAGUUACUGUUGAAUACCCUGUACCAACUUUUGUCAAGAGUCCGACGCGCUCGAUUCCACGAUGAAAUUCCCACACUGAUCGACCUAAUUCGCGAAGUGGGCUCCCAAAUCACUGAAACAUGCUCGAAGGCCGACAUUGACGGACUUGAAAGCAGACUAGAAGUCAUGCAGAGCCUUAUUGCUAGCGCAAACCGCAGUCUUUUUACACCCAGGCCGCAUGAGGAAAAUCCCCAGGAGAGUAGAUCAGCCCUUUCGUCUUUUCCGCUGGAUAUGCAAACACCUGGUGGGAGACACGACAACGACCUUGCAGAAAUCUCUCAAGUUCAGAUCCUUCCUACCCAUGGAGAGAUUGUCAGCGGCAAUUCAGAAUAUCUACCCUCUACGAACUUCCUUCAGCCGCACUUUCUCCCCGAUCCUUUGCAAAGAUACAUUGACUCAACAUUCCGACUCCUGCGCCAUGAUAUCUUCGGCUCAGCCAAAGAUGUCCUUCGAGAUCUGCUGCAGCAGAAUGAUUUGACACGAUUUUCAUAUUUCUCAAGCAAAGAUAGCGGGGCACAUCUCUAUCUGGGAGCACAGGUCCUCCAAAUGUUUAUCAAUGAGAGAAAGGAGCUCGAAGCGACCGUGUCCUUUGCUACUCCACCACAAGUACGUACAAAGACAUCCAACGAGCAAUGCAGAUGGUGGCAAGACUCCAAUCGACUAGAGGAAGGAAGCCUAGUGUGUUUCAUGACGUCCCAAGAAACUCACAGGAGGCUUAUUUUCCUCGAGGUCACUGUCAAGAAUGCUUCCAAGGACCGAGCGCACCAGAACAAGAGUAGUCUUGUUUCUGAUAGGUUUCCACCUAGUAUUACGGUCAAGCUUGCGGCAUGCCUACAACAAGAACUGAUGCUCCUCGCCCAGCUUUACAGCAAGAAGCUUACCGGUAUUCUGGUCGACUUCCAUGGCUUGAUCCCUGCCACGUUUGCCCCUAUCCUGAAAAACCUUCAGCGAAUCCAACGCGAAGGAGAGUUGGCAUUCCAAAAAUGGAUCUUGCCAGGCCGUAAGGAUGAUGAAGAUGCCAGCAUACCCCCACCGGCAUACGCGCGCAAACCAGGAUUUGUCUUUCCCUUGACUUCGAUCACAAUUGUUGGAGCCGAAAAGAUUGCAUUGGACCCGAGUACCCCUGGGUCUAUUGACCUAUUGAAGCUGCAAACUCAGACUGGUCUCGACCACGGCCAGUGUCAGGGACUUAUCGCGGCUCUCACACGAGAGUAUGCCCUCAUCCAAGGCCCACCGGGCACCGGAAAGUCCUACCUGGGUGUCAAGCUUGUUCAAGUUCUCCUUGAGAUCAAUGAAAAGGCAAAGCUAGGCCCAAUUCUUGUGAUCUGCUAUACCAACCAUGCCUUGGACCAGUUCUUAAAGCAUCUUCUUGAUGUUGGUAUCCAGAAAAUCAUACGCAUUGGUGGCCGCAGUCAGGCCACUGAGCUUGAAGGCAAGAACCUUCGCGUUGUCAGUCAAAGCAUUGGGAAGACGAGGGUAGAGUCGCAAACCCUCGGCAUGUCCUAUGGGAGACUUGAGGACUGCAUGAAGAACGCUGGAUAUGCAAUGAAACCUCUACACCAGUCUCAAAAGGGCCUGUCUUGGGCCGCGAUGGAGCAUUUUUUGCGCCGAAAAUGGCCCAUUGUACAUAAACAACUGGAGCGACCAGACACGGAAGGAUUCACAACUGUCACUGAUGAUAAAUUACUAAGCUGGCUUGGAGUCAAAUCGAUGACAACCCAAAAAGGCCAGAAUGAGAGUGAAGUUGACGAUGUGCGCUUGGAAGGCCUCACUCGCUCUGCGAAUGAAAAUAUUCACAGUCUCUCGAUAACGGAACGCCGGAUUCUUGCAUUGAGCUGGUUCAAGCAGUGGCAGGAAAUCGAAACCGCUUCGCUUUUCGAGGCUCUUGAUCGCGCUGCAAAUCUUCGCGGGGACAUAAAUGCAGUUCAUGAAGAGGUCAACCGCCGAGCCUUGAUUCAAGCAGAUGUAGUAGGAAUCACGACCACAGCCCUUGCACGCCAUAUCGAGACACUGCGACGAGUAGGAACAAAGGUCAUUAUAUGCGAGGAAGCAGCUGAGGUGAUGGAAGCCCACGUCAUCUCAGCCCUCAUGCCAGGAGUUGAACACUUCAUUCAGAUUGGGGAUCAUCGACAGUUGCGACCACAGAUUCAAAAUCAUUCACUUAGUCUUGAAACAUCCACAGGAAAGACUUGGCAGCUAGACAGAAGCCAGUUUGAGAGACGCGCUGUCGGUGAGCCAGGUCUCAAGCCAGCCCCUAUUGCACAACUCAAUGUACAGCGACGAAUGAGACCUGAGAUCUCGCAACUUAUCAGGAGCGUCUAUCCAAAACUGGAGGAUCACGAAAGCGUGGUGGAUCUGCCCAAUGUUGUUGGAAUGCGGAACAACCUCUUUUGGCUGGACCAUCGAUGCGAUGAAGAUUCAAGGGAUGACGGCAGCCGUGUGAAGUCUCAUAGCAACCAGUGGGAGGUCGAUAUGGCUACUGCUCUUGUUCGGCAUCUUGUUCGGCAGGGAGAGUACAAGAGCACGGAUGUUGCCCUCUUGACGCCCUAUACCGGGCAGCUGCGGAAGCUCAGAGCAUCGCUAUCCAAUGAUUUCGAAGUUUGUCUCAGCGAGCGGGACUUGGAGACUUUGGCCGUGGAUGGGCUUGAGAAGUUUGAUGAAUAUCCCGAAUCAAACGGUCGCAAGUCACUCGAGAAGAAGACGUUGCUGCAGACGCUCCGCCUUGCUACCGUCGACAACUUCCAAGGCGAGGAGGCAAAGGUGAUCGUUGUCUCCCUAGUCCGCAGCAACUCAAAGCGCAAGGUUGGCUUCCUACGCACCGAAAACCGCAUCAACGUGCUCCUCAGUCGAGCUCAGCACGGCAUGUAUCUCAUUGGAAAUACUGAAACAUACCUCAAUGUCCCAAUGUGGGCCGAUGUCCACUCUCAGCUCUCCCGUGCGAAUGCAGUCGGCACAGAGUUGGCUCUCUGCUGUCCUCGCCACCCGGACACGCCCAUUCUCUGUUAUGAACCCCACGACUUUGAGAGGAAGAGCCCUGAAGGUGGGUGCAGUCUCCCGUGUACCCGUCGACUCGAGCCAUGUGGUCAUCAAUGCCAGGCCAAGUGCCAUUCAGCGGUCAUGCACGAUGGCUUUGCAUGUGGGAAACCUUGCCCACGCAUCCGAUCAACCUGUGAGCACGAAUGUCCCAAGCUUUGUGGUGAAGAUUGUGGUCCUUGCAUGGCAAAGAUUCAAGACCCAAUUCGCCAGUUUGUGACAAAACGUUACAAUCGUGUUAUCAACCGCGCCGUUAUGGAUGAGACUUGGAAACGGUUCCUUAUCAAGGGUCGCACAGACCUUGAAGGCCUUGAAUCGCGUCUGAAUGACAUUGAAGACAAGCUCAACUCUAAGCGAGCCGCUGUGGAGGUGGGGGGCACUAAAUCACAGCUUGAAGCACGAUAUGCAGUCUGUGCACGCCUCGCGAGGGAGGCUUUAGCUCUCAGCAAAGCCAUGGAGGUCGAGAAUCAGCCGAUGAAACGGCUCAUGGAUGCGAUUGCCAUCUACCAGAAGUCAUCAGGGGACGAAGUAGCCUCCCUCUCAGCCCGAAUGGAGGCGAUGAAUAUGACAACACGAGAAUCCGACAACCAAAUUACCCUCGGCGCACGGUUAAUUUACAUCAAGUCCAAGGAAGUCAUGCUUAGCGAUGCCUUUAGAGUGAUAGAUUCAAGCGGAAAUUCUGCAACACUACCACGGCUAAGCCUCGCCAAACCAUCAUCAACCUUGAUUCGAGUUCUGAAGGAUUGCCAAGGCUUGAUAACUCGAGCCAAUGAAGGAAAUUUCUCCCGCAUCGUCAUUACGGCGACCGUCUCGUUCGCCAAAAUCGCCCAGCUGGACGCGUGGUAUCACCGCUCUCAUCCAGGAGAAACAACAAGCGAUCUACAUCUCAAAGAAACAACGGGUCUAGAAAAGCUCGAAGAUCGCUUUCAAACCACCCGCGAUCUCCUCGCCGCUGCGUUGAAACUAUGCGACGAACUGAGGAACUGUCCUGAGCUCCAACAAAAGGUCCAGGAGAUGGUCCGCCUCUAUGAGGGAACACGAUACGAAAGAGUCACUUUAGAAGAACUUCAAUCAAUCAAGACGGCCAUGGUCAGUGGGCGAGGAGGAAUCGCGACUCACUCUGGGCACUGGUACAAUUGCGUCAACGGACAUCUGGUGAAUAAAUUUCCCAUUCCUCGAAUUGUCCCAAGUUACCUUUGA